UUCAACAUUGCAAAACUCGACCUAGUUAAGUAGUUAGACUAGGACCACCACUGAAAAUGAAUCGCCUGUUCGUUAAAAGAGCGGCUCAACCUUUAUCCAGGACCCUUCUCAGUCCAAGUGUGAGUGGCUUGUUCCAAGUAACAUCCACUAGAAACUCCUGUUGCAAGGAUGAGUACGCCCUGACAGACCACAAGUUCGAUGCGAUUGUGAUCGGAGCGGGCGGAGCGGGAAUGCGGGCGGGAUUUGGGCUGGCGGAGAAGGGUUUCAAGACGGCCAUGAUCUCGAAACUGUUUCCCACGAGAUCCCACACGGUGGCUGCCCAGGGCGGCGUCAAUGCGGCCCUGGCCAAUAUGGACAAGGACGACUGGAAGUUCCACUUCUACGACACGGUCAAGGGCAGCGACUGGCUGGGCGAUCAGAACGCCAUCCACUACAUGUGCCGCGAGGCGGAGAAGGCGAUCUACGAGUUGGACAUGUACGGGAUGCCCUUCUCCCGGCGACCGGACGGAAAGAUCUACCAGCGGCCCUUUGGAGGUCAGACUUUGGACUACGGGAAGGGCGGGGUGGCCAGAAGGGCAUGCGCAUGCGCAGAUCGCACGGGCCAUGCCCUCAUCCACACGCUCUACGGACAGUCCCUGAAGUACGCCGACUGCUGCCACUACUUCGUGGACUACUUCGUCCUGGAUCUCAUCAUGUCGCGGGGCAGAUGCGUGGGUUGCUUGGCCUGGAAGCUGGACGAUGGCACCUUCCAUCGGUUUCUGGCCAACAACACUGUGGUGGCCGCCGGCGGUUGUGGUCGCGUCUAUUUCUCCACCACCGCCGGGCAUACGUGCACGGGUGAUGGCAAUGCCUGGGUGUCCAGGCAGGAGCUCCCGCUCAUGGACAUGGAGUUCGUGCAGUUCCAUCCCACGGGUAUCUACGGAGCAGGGUGUCUGAUCACCGAGGGCGUUCGAGGGGAGGGCGGCUUCUUCCUGAACUCCAAGGGAGAACGCUUCAUGGAGCGCUACGCCCCGAAGGCCAAGGAUCUGGCCUCCAGGGAUGUGGUGGCUCGGGCCAUGACCAUGGAGGUCCUGGCCGGCAAUGGUUGUGGUCCCCUGCAGGAUCAUGUGCACCUGCAGCUCCACCACAUUGACCCCAAGAUCAUCAGGGAGCGGUUGCCGGGUAUUUUGGCCACUGCGAAGAUCUUUGCCAAAGUGGACGUGACCAAGGAACCAGUGCCGGUUCUACCAACAGUGCACUAUAUCAUGGGAGGAAUUCCAACGAACCAUAGGGGAAGGGUGAUCACGGUCGACGAGAAUGGCUGUGAGCAGGAGGUCAAGGGACUCUACUCCUGCGGAGAAACAUCCUGCGCCUCGGUUCACGGGGCCAAUCGAUUGGGGGCCAACUCCCUGCUGGAUUUGAUCAUCUUCGGUCGGAUGUGUGCCUUUGAUAUUGCCGAAGACAGCUGUCCGGGUGACAAGCCACCCGAGGUGGAUGCCAAGGCCACGGAAAAGUCGCUGGAAAACUUCAAGUGUCUGCGCAACGCAAAUGGAGGCACUCCGACUGCCUGUUUAAGGAUCGAACUGCAGCGCACCAUGACCAAACACGCCGCUGUUUUCCGGGAUGGAAAACUCCUCAAGGAGGGCCUGCUCAAGAUCGCCGAGUUGUGCAAUCAGUUCAAGGACAUAAAGGUCACCGAUCGCACUCUGGUGUGGAACACCGAUCUCGUGGAGACAUUGGAGCUGCAAAACAUGCUAGCGAAUGCCGUGCACAUCAUUACGGCCAUGGAGAAUCGCAAGGAGUCGAGGGGUUCGCAUGCUCGCGAGGAUUUCAAGACGCGCCUGGAUGAACUGGACUAUGGGGCACCGAUGGCCGGGCAGAAAAAGAAGCCCAUAGAUGAGCACUGGCGCAAACACACCUUGACCUUUGUCCUGGGCAACAAGGGCUGUGCCUCGAUCAAAUAUCGUCCGGUGGUGGACACCACUUUAGACGACUCAGUAGCCUCCAUUCCACCAGCUCCACGCACCUAUUGAUUGUUUGCGGCGGUUUCGAACAGGUUUAUCUUAACAUCACUUAUGUUGAUAAGGAUUUAUACAUGUAUACACUAACGAAAAUAUUUAUUGAUUCGUACAAGUCAUUGAGUAAAAUAAAGUGUUAAGAAUGCAAAUUCAA